AUGAGGCUGGUUCUUGUCAAACCCACCAAUGCAACGCGUCGGCUCGAUUCAACAGGAGACGCUUGCAACGACCAAGACCCGGAUCACUGCAAAUCUCGAGGGCAGUCCCUACCAGACAAAGCCCCUGAGGUCAUGCAGUAUCGCUACUCUGGAACUGCCCUCCAGCCCCAAACGUCAAUACCAGAGCAGAGCAAUAACAGCAUUUCCACUUCCACUUCUCCGACACAGGCUACUCCAAAUGGAGUCGCCCCACCACAGAAAUCUCCACCAUUAAAAACUACACUGUCAAAACUGAGCAAUCAAGAUCUCCUGCUCUUUUGUAGCCAGGUGGGUGGUACUCUUGAACUGCAGCGUGAAAGCCCACUGUUGGCUGAGUGGCAUGGGACCACGGUGGGACGUCCUGAUGCGGACUGUGGCUCUGUUUGCCAUUCUCCUAGUACAAAACAUGGAUCAGACGUGGCCGGUUUCCAGCCACAAUCAAAGCAGGGCUUCUUGAAGGACUGCCUCUCCACAUUCUCCAAGAAGGGAACUCCUCCUUCUCUACAGUAUACCCACUCCUAUCCUCAGAACUCCCUGGUGUCAUCGUCAUCCCGGUUUUUCAGGCAGAAACCAAGUCAAGAGGAUCCCUCAACAGGGACUGUCAAUCCCGAGAAGGAUAAUUUCACAUCCCGAUGCAGAGGAGAAGACGGGCUGAAGGAGCAUAAUCAAUGGCAGCAGCAGACCCAUAAUCAUUUCAAGAUUAAAGAGCAUAACCUACCACCAGUCUCGACUACUGAGAAAACAGAGCCUUCGCUCAAUAUACCUCUGAAUGGCAAUGAGUCAAGUAAAGUUAGGCAGCUCUUGGUUUUGUCUCAAUCUCAGGACCAACAGAAACUUCCCUUAGAUACACAACACCAAUGGAUGCUAGGAAACGGUUUACCUAGCUGCUGUGCCAAUGAGUGUGGAGUGCAUUGUGGAAGCCAACAACCUUACUUAAACCAGCAACUACAGCAACACCCUCAAAGGCAGCAGUGUUGUGACCAUCUUAGCAUCCUAAAAUGCCAUCAGUGUUCUCUCUACCCAUCCAGCAGCAGCCCACGAGUGAAGAAUUCAUUCCCGGCUACUAGCGACAAAAGCAGUGCUCACUCCUCUUCCAGUAGCCAGCGGUGGCCGGAGAACCAUCAACUAGAGGGAGAAGGGCAACGACAAGGGGAGCAACAGGUACAUCCUCAUACCAAAAAGGUUGGCCAUGUUGGUUCAACACCUUCCCUGUCCAAGAGCAGUAGCCCACUCCCACCCGACACAGUUGUGACAAGCGCUAAAUACAAUGGGGAUGUUGGGAGACCCCUGAGCAGCUUAGGAGCUUCGCCACCCAACCUUUCAGAGCUGGACUCAGCAAGACAAGAGCCCCUCCAGACUCUCCACAGGUCCGUCCUGGAGGAGGUGUUCUCCAAAGGCCUCAGUGAGGACAAUAGUAAGGGCAACAGCGAGGGAGGAGGAGACGCGCCACAGAAGAGGACUAAGGACAUUGGCUACAGAUUGGGCCAGCGUAGAGCGCUAUUUGGAAAGCGCAAACAGCUGAGCGACUAUGCCUUGAUUUUCGGGAUGUUUGGGAUUGUUGUCAUGGUGACGGAGACGGAACUGUCCUGGGGGGUUUACACGAAGGAAUCAUCAUACUCAUUUGCUCUGAAAUGCCUCGUCAGCCUUUCAACUGCUGUAUUGCUCGGCCUCAUUGUGAUGUACCAUGCACGGGAAAUACAGCUCUUCAUGGUGGACAAUGCAGCCGACGACUGGAGGAUUGCUAUGACAUAUGAGCGGAUCUUCCUGGUUGUGCUGGAGCUGCUGGUCUGUGCCAUCCACCCCAUCCCGGGCCAGUACAUCUUCACCUGGACGGCCCGGCUGGCCUUCACCUACCCACACUCAUUGACCAAUGCCGACGUGGACCUCGUCCUCUCCAUCCCCAUGUUCCUCAGGCUCUACCUAAUCGGUCGCGUCAUGCUGCUGCACAGCAAGCUUUUCACAGACGCCUCGUCGCGCAGCAUCGGCGCCCUCAACAAGAUCAACUUCAACACGCGGUUCGUCAUGAAGACCCUCAUGACCAUCUGCCCAGGCACGGUGCUGCUGGUCUUCAGCGUCUCUUGUUGGAUCAUCGCAGCGUGGACGGUGCGUGUAUGUGAGAGGUAUCAUGACACACAGGAAGUGACUAAUAACUUCCUUGGGGCAAUGUGGCUCAUCUCUAUCACCUUUCUCUCCAUUGGUUAUGGAGACAUGGUCCCUCACACUUACUGUGGAAAGGGUGUGUGUCUGCUGACUGGAAUCAUGGGGGCUGGCUGCACUGCCCUGGUGGUUGCUGUAGUUGCCAGGAAGUCCGAGUUGACCAGAGCUGAGAAGCAUGUUCACAACUUUAUGAUGGACACUCAGCUCUAUAAACGAGUGAAAAACACAGCUGCCAAUGUACUCAGAGAGACAUGGCUUAUCUACAAACACACAAAGUUAGUCAAGAAGAUCGAUCACGCCAGGGUACGCAAACAUCAGCGCAAAUUUCUGCAAGCCAUUCACCAACUGCGCAGAGUCAAACUGGAACAGAUGAAACUCACUGACCAGGCUAACACACUUGUGGAUCUAGCCAAGACUCAGAACAUGAUGUACGACCUGGUGUCUGACCUGCAGCUGCGCAGCGAGGAGCUGGAUAGGAGGAUUGGUAGUUUGGACGACAAACUGGACUCCAUCCUAGUCAAUCUGCAGGCCCUACCCAGCCUGCUCUCCCAAGCGGUCACACAGCAGCACAAGGACUUCCUGGAUGGCUUGGCCCACCGUGUACGGAAAGCCUCGUCGGAAUCGGAGCUUCACUGGGUUCCCGCUAGGUGCCAACGGUCCCUUUCCACUGCACCACAGACCAUACCUUACAGCUGA